GGAUGCUGGUCAUCACCAUUGCUGUAGCCCUUAAAGGUACCCUUUCCCUAAUAAAGAUGGUGGCAUCUGGUCCCAAGGAGGGGAAGGUCUCUGGAUCACUCCCACUCACCUGCACUGUAUCGGGAGCACCUCUGGAUAGCCCUCGAUAUGACUGGAAUUGUGUUCGUCAGGCCUCAGGAGGGGAGCUACAAUUUCUAGGCUGGAUCUAUCCUUUUGGGAAUAACACAGGCUAUGCCCCACCCUUCCAAGGCCGAGCCACCAUCUCUGCAGAUAAAGAUAAAAACAAGGUCUCCCUGCAGCUGCACGCCCUUACAGCCUUAGACACAGCCAUCUAUUUCUGCGCCAGGCAGCACACAGUAACAGCAACGGAGGGAGAGGCAGCACAGAAAGGGGAAGAACUACUGUGUGUGGCAACCGACAAGCUCGUAUUUGGAACUGGGAUCACUUUUUCAGUUGAGCCAAGUAAUCAAGAAGAAUCUGCCCCAGAAGUCAUUGUACUUAAAUCAAAGGAAGCCAGACAAUAUGACAACAAACUGAACAUGGCUUGUUUGGCAAGGACUUUCUACCCCAAGAACAUCAGCCUUGAUGUGCCCAAGAGUGACAUUGUAUAUGAUCUGAAGACACCUCUUGUCACAUCUGAGGGGAUGUAUAGUACCAUGAAGGUAGUUGGAGUGGAACCAGAUGCAGAGGUGACCUGCAAGGCUGUGCACAAGAGGAACAAGACUACAGUCAGCAUAAUUCUACCAGAAGAGAAAACUGAAGAACUUGAAACGGUUAGUGCUUGCACCAUUACAGAUGCCUCUACAAAAG